AUGGCUCCUUCGUUCGACUUUAAGGGCGUCCGUUUCUCAGAUCCUCCCUCCUUGUCCAUACAAGGCCGCCACUCGAUAGCCACCGAUGUCCCACUGCUUCCUCCUAUACCGUCUGCGAGCCAGCUGCCCAAGCACACCUUCCAAAAAGCAACCUCGACUCCUGCUGUGGACAUCACUGCAUACAUGGAACAGUGUAGGCUGCUCAAUACGCAGCUGAGGCAAUCCCACGACAGCGAGCGGAAAACAUGGGAAAUCGAAAGAUCCGCACUCAAGGCUCGCAUAGCAGAAUUGGAACAAAAACUCAGCAGGAGUCGAGAGCCCAAGAGACGGUCGAGCAAUGAUUCUUCCACAGCCAGUCUUCACUCCUUCAGAUCGAAUUCCCUGCCUGUUGCAGUUAAUGGCAAGCCCCGCCAGCGCAUCUCCCCCGAACCGACCAUCACAGAGCCACCUGUUUGGAAAGGACCGGAAAUAACCCCCCCAGUGACAAGAGUCUUCAGCCACGACGACGAAGUCAACCAUCUGCCAAGCAUUUCGGAAGACGAUGCACUGCCAGCUCUAUCCAAGGAGACGUCCCCAUCGUCAGCUGCCCUAGAGAGUGUCCCAGUCCCAAUUGAACAGGUUGAUAAGACACUCGACGGCAUCACGCUCAAGUCGACCGCAUUGACCUCUUCCUUUGAUAAGGAAAUCACCAGUCCACAGUUCGCUAGUCCCACACGGUCUCCAUCACCAAUGCCUAGACAAGAAGAUACUAUGAGGUUCGACGUCGGCGCUCUGUUGUCCCCCCUAGAUGACAAACUGAAGCGAUAUGCUGGCCAUACACCCAUGGCUUUCGAUGGCACCCUGUCCUCCGACUCUGUGAGUGCGGUGUUGACACCGAAGCAGGAGAAGCCUUUUGCUCCUGCUCCGACGACGCGUCCACCCCUCCGGCCAUCCGAGAACUCCGACUCAUAUUUUUCCUUCUCCUCUGCUAGGGAUGACAGCAGGAAGGAGAACCAUCAAGAGGAGCCAGAACCGGUCUACGAAGCGCAUGAUGACCCUGCCUUGCAGGGACCCCUGAUGCUCGACCCCAAUGCCAAGACCGUUGAAUCGGCCAAUUUCCUUAACUCGCUUGACGCUAGGCUCAUCGAAGAGAAAAGGCAGCAGGAGAGAGCAGAGUCGAAGCUGGCUGGCGCCCACGACGAGCCCAAAGCAAACGAUCAACCGGCAGAAUCGUCUGCUAAUGACGACGAGAUGCCCAGGUUGAGAAUGAAGAACAGCAUGAACUUUGGCAGUGCGUGGGGUGGUCAUGACCCUGGCCGCAUGCUAUAG